UUAAACAGAAGCCAGGGGUGUGUCCAAUCGAUCUCUGUAUAUGCAUUGGUCCUCAGGCUAAUGAGUGCGAGACAGAUUAUGGUUGUGAAAAAAGAAAGAAAUGUUGUUACUCUUGUUGUGCAAUGCGCUGUGUGGACCCAAAAUAAGAAGCUCAGUCAUUUGCUGAAUCUGAAGGACAGCAUGAAGCUGCUCACCACCUUUCUCCUUGUGGGCCUUCUAGCUCUUUGGAUGGGAUUCCCCUCCACAACUGGGAGCCACCUCCCAACAGGAAAGCAAAGUCCACAGAAGCCGGGGGAGUGUCCAAAGGAUCUUUGCAAAUGUAGUCAUCCUAGACCUAAUCUUUGCGAGAGAGAUGAUGAUUGCAGAGGAAGGCAGAAGUGUUGUUACAUUUGUUGUGCACUGCGCUGUGCAAAUCCAAGGUUUUCUGGUUAAUGAAAGUGGUUUCAACAAUAUGACAGCAUCUUUCUGAUCCCUUCAUAAGCCUCAAAAAUGUCUCUUGAACAAGAGAUGAGAAGAGCAAGAUAUCUGCCACAAUGCUUUACUCCUUGUUGUUUCAGGGAACUUUUCUUUCUGUCUCUUUCUGUGAAUUUCCCACUUUCUGUCUUAAGCUUGCUAUCAUAUACAAAUUUUCAAUAGAUAAUCAAUGGAUAAUGAAAAAUGAAUAAAACUGUAUGUG